UAAUUAUUCAAAAUGGAAGACAACCAAUUCCCGAUAAAUGGAGAGCAUCAAACAGAUGACCCUCAAAGUACUUUUGCAGCCGAUAUGGUCCAAGAUUUGAUCGGAGACACUGAGAUGGAUUCAAGCACAACUCCAGAUCUCAAAGAUUUCAACAUAUUGGGUCUCCUCAAAGUUAUUGAAGAUGCGAUUAAUGCUGAAUGCUACGAUAUUGAAAUUCUUCUGGGAAAGAUCUAUUUCUAUUGCAAGGGGACAAAGGCAGAGCCUUUUCUGGUAAAACUUAAAGAAUAUUUUGAACAAAAGUACAAUCCAGCCCAAAACAUCAGCAAAUUAAUCAAAAAGUUUGGGAGUAUAUUUACGUCAAAAGAAGGUGAAGUUAAGAAACCAACCACAAAGCUUGAAACCGUUGCUGUAGAAACACCGAUUAUCCAACCUCCUGAAGAGAUCCCGAUGUUUCAGCAUGCUCCUCCUCCAAUCCUUCAACACAGUUAUCAAGAUAUGGAGCAUGUUGAUAUAGAUGCUAGCCAGAGCUUCCAUGAAUUUAUCGACCAUCUUCAGAAUCAAAACUUUCCUGACUUCCCAAGAGGUGGUAGAGGAGGACAUCAUAGAGGGCACAGAGGGUUCUUCAGAGGUCUUGGAAGAGGAUUCCAUCAUGGUCGAGGAAGAGGAGGCUUCUUCCCACAAUUUGCAGAACCACAUGGCUAUUUCCCUGACCAGAUGAAUGAAGUAAACUCAAAUUCCUCCGAGAGUUCUCAUAGAGCAAGUGGCAGAAAGAAAUCAAAGGAUAGAAAAAGUGACCGGGAAGACUACAAAGAAGAGCAACGGAAGAAAAUUGUUGUAGUGUCAGACCACAGAGGGUUCAUUCCAGGAAAGCCUGGAUCAUAUGUACCCGUGGAUAUCACCCUAGAGAAUCAGUCUCAGAAGGGAGUACCUAAGAACACCUAUAUCUGACAAGUGAACAAGAAAAACGAGGUUGAGUUAGAGCCUCUAAACCUUGUGGAUAAGAUCAGAAGCGGCCAUAAUAAAGCAGUCACUUUAAUGGUUAAGCUACCAACCAAGCCUGGAGAGUACAGGUGAAGUUUCAAGUUCUGUAUCAAACAGAAUAAAGAAAUAGGGACUAGGUUUGAUCUCUGAUUUUUAGCCCACGAAGGAGAUGAAUAA